CACUCGCUCGGAGUCUGGAGUUUCCUCAACCUGCAACCUAUAAUCUAUAAGGCAACCUCAACCAAUGAUCAACCUCCCAGCUUCCGGUAACCGCCAUCGUUAGUUCCUAAUCUAUAUAGAUUUAAGUUCUAAUAGGGAAUAUUCGUUGGCGUAGCUUCGGACUUAAUUUAAGGAACGCCUUGAGUGCUUCCCUGCAUGAUAUUUUCUCUCCUCUUCCCAACAUUCCAACUCUAAAUUGAUUGCAAAAGUGGUAGUUAAUUAUUAUAUCACAUUACAGCACCAUCAUCUCUCAUUGGAGACCUUUAACGUCCACAAUGGGUAGACAUGCAAUCGGAUCACCGGAGGAGAAAGUCAACCGGGCCAAAUUCGAGUUCCGUGGGUCCUGUGCGAAAGCACCGAAUAAGGAAAACAUUAAGUUGCUACUUGGUGAAGAAUGGUGUAGCAAUGACAUCAAUAUUACACUCUUGUCAAAUGAUUCCCAUGCUUAUAAUUAUCUAAUUACGAAACCCAAGGAAAACAAACUUGCUAAAACUAUCAUACGAGUGAUGCUACCGGUCGACCCCUAUUUUAAGACGCAAGCCGAGGUCUCUACUAUCGAAUGGGUCCGACAGUAUACGUCGCUACCAGUUCCCAGAGUCUUAAUAUUCGAUCCAACCGGUACUACUCAGAUUGGUCUCGAGUGGGUUGUCCUAGAAUGCUUCCAAGGCCAGGUACUUCCUGUCGCGGCCGAGGCAGGCGAAGUCAACUGGGCUAUAGUAAGUAACGAGAAGAAGCGCUCAUUAAUCCGACAAUUUGUGUCCUUCUAUUCCACAACUUUCGACCACCAAUUAUCCGCAAUCGGCAAUCUAUAUAUGGGCCGUGCGACAGGAGUCCGGGAAGAUGAUGAUAAAGUUGGCGCCAUUGUCUCGCCAGAGUUCUAUAUGGAGGAGAACCAGAAACGUGAUCAUUGCCGUGGACCAUUUAGAAACAGUGCCGAAUGGCUCAAAGCACGUUUGGAUAUGAAAUAUAGAGACUGCCUAGCUAUCCAGAAGGCAAAUUCUGUUCUUAGAGCUGAACAUAUCAUCGACCGCUUGAAGAGAUUAAGAGAGAGGCUCUUUGAUUCCACACUUUUCGAGCCCACCGUACUCACGAACUGUGACAUAGGCCCGAACAAUAUUAUGAUGAACCACAAUAGACUAGUCGGGGUAGUGUAUUGGGAGCAUACAUCCGCUCUUCCACUGUGGAAAGGGUGCGAACUUCCUAAGUUCCUGCAAGGAAUGGCACGUACCAAGGAACCUGAGGAGAGGGAUUAUCUAGACGAAGAGGGAGAAUGGUUGGCUGGGGCCAGAGACGACUUCGCAAAGCACGUGCUACAGUGGUCGCGAACAAUGCUUCAAAGAAUGUUCCUUGACGAGAUGUCCCGGAAGUGUCCUCAGUGGAUGGCCAUUUACAAUUCACCAAUUACUCGUCUAAGGAAGGACUACGAGAUUGCCGUGAGCUCCUGUGACAACGCAGCUACUCAAGCCGCAAUUGAGAAGUGGCUCUACACUAUAGAAUCGGGCUUAGAAAAUAUUCGGCUUCAGGACCCAGGAAAAGCUCGUGCGGAUAUCUCGAGUCUAGGCUUCACCGUUCGCAGCCUUCAGGAUCGUAUCUACGACAGCGCAAACGUAUCCGACACAGCAAGACACCCUGCCGCAGGGCCAGAAUCACAUAUAUGGAACCUAUCUUAAUAAGGAAGGAAAUUGUUUACAGACUAGGCCCCUGAUUAUUAUUGCAUGAACUAGCAUCUUUACAAUAGUCUCAGAGGCUAGCUCGCGAGAGAUCUACGCUAUAUCGUAGCCGCUGGUAAAUUAUCACACCAAUCACCUAACAUGAUUAAAAGUACGGUAGAGGCAGCCUUUAAGAAGAGAUUGGGCCUCAUUACUCGCAGUAUUAUUGACCGGAGGGGUCGAAUUGCAUGCUUUCUUUAGGAGGAUCCAAAACCAAGGUUCGAGAGAGUAGCCAAUCAAGCAGCCAUAGUUAAUACUAAGCCAACCGCUGCGUACCAGAAGAGCUCGCUUUCCUGGAUCUCGGAACUAGCAAUUUACAGAGGAGCACGGAACCGACCCGAGUGCUGCAUGUCUGCAAUAUCGAAUGGCAAUGCUGGUAAUUGUCAUGACUCUAGACUCUCAGAGUUGAAGUCUAGACUUGAGCUCGCCCACGUCGUCUGACCUUGCCAUAGUAGUCAAAUCCCAAAAAUAGCUUAUUCAAAUUGUACCACGACGGAUUCCAAGGCACGG